CUGUGGACAGGCCAGUAUCAGCUCUACCUGCUCUGUUUCAUGUGCUAACAUGGAUGACUGGGACAACAACAAUGAGUUCAUCCAGCGGCUGGACUUUUCCAGCUGUGGUGAGGAGAGUGAAGAAAGAAGUGUAAACGAGGAGGACUCCCUGAGCCUGAGCCCCCCCAGAAGCUCAGAGUUCCAGAAAUGGCAAGAGAGCAGUCCUCUGCCAAAAACCCCUCAGAGAAAGCUUAGUGAGAUUUUCCUGAGCAGAACAAAAGCCUGGAUGAGUCCCACCCUGAAGUCUUCCCCAUCUGUGAGCAAGAGCUGGAGUAAACCUGAGACACCACUGCACAUCACCUGGAAAAAGCUGCAGCUCUGUGACACCCCACACACUCCUAAGAGCCUGUUAUCGAAGACAGCUUUUCCUUCAUCUGCAACCAAGGUCCCGGCCAAAGGCCUCCGGCACCUGAGGCUCACUCCCCGCGCUGACCCUGAGGACUCCUCCCACGCUUCCCUUGUCAACAUUAACCCCUUCACACCUGAGUCCUACCGACAAACGCUCUUCCAUCCCAACGGCAAGAGGAAGGCUGCAGGAGAGCUGAAUGAUCCUCAUCCAGGAAGCCAGAUUAAAAAGGAGCUACCUACAAAGAGGUACACUCUGAAGGCGAGCAAUAUGGUUUCCCGCUACAAGAAGGAGUUCCUGGAACUAGAAAAAAUCGGUGUGGGGGAAUUUGGCUCCGUCUACAAGUGCAUCAAACGCCUUGAUGGAUGUGUUUAUGCCAUCAAACGCUCCAAAAGGCCUCUGGCAGGAUCCUCAGAUGAGCAGCUGGCCCUGCGGGAGGUGUAUGCCCACGCCGUGCUGGGGCACCACCCCCACGUCGUGCGCUACUACUCGGCCUGGGCGGAGGACGACCACAUGAUAAUCCAGAAUGAGCACUGCAAUGGUGGGAGUCUCCAAGAUGCGCUGCUGGAAAAUGCAAAGCUUGGGCAGUAUUUCCCAGAAGCAGAGCUGAAGGAAAUAUUGCUGCAAGUCUCCAUGGGACUAAAAUACAUCCACAACUCUGGCCUUGUGCACCUGGAUAUCAAACCUAGUAAUAUCUUCAUCUGUCACAAGCUGGCAGUUUCAGGCCCUGCUGGGCAGGAGGAGAGUGACAGUGAAGAUGAGUUCUCUCCUGGUGUGGUGUAUAAGAUUGGUGACCUUGGGCAUGUGACAUCAAUAACAAACCCUCAGGUGGAGGAAGGAGACAGACGGUUUUUGGCCAAUGAAAUUUUGCAAGAGCAAUACUGCUACCUGCCCAAGGCAGACAUCUUUGCCCUGGCACUGACGGUGGCUCUGGCAGCUGGGGCAGCGCCACUGCCCCACAACGGGGCCCUGUGGCACCACAUCCGCAAGGGCAACGUCCCACCCAUCCCCCAGAAGAUUCCCCAGCGUUUUCUGGAGCUCCUCAAGCUCAUGAUCCACCCUGACCCAGCACAGAGACCUUCUGCCACGGCUCUCACCAAGCACCCUGUUCUCCGUCCUUCCUCUGGAAAAGCUGUGCAGCUCCAGGAGCAGCUCAAUAUGGAGAAAUGCAAGACUGCCAUGCUGGAGAGGGAACUUAAAGCAGCUCGACUUGCCCAGAGCCUCAUGAAGGACCAAGCCUUAGGAAGUGCCAAGUUACAAGAGUCUGAAACCUCUUCUAAGCAGAAGAGCAAGCGUCUGGUGGGAGGGAAGAGCUGUCGCUCCUUUAGCUUUACUCUGGGUUUCUGAAUUUCUGUGGUGUCCAAAGACUGCGAAAUGGCCCUGUGAAAGCAGAGGGUCUGCACAGACCAAUGCCCCAUAUUCUCUCCCCGUUUCUUUUGCUUUUGUUCCCCUAUUAGUUA